ACCUUCUAGAACGUUUAAAAGUUCCCACUCCCCUCCAUCCCCCUCCGACCCGAUCUCGAUCUCCCGGCCGUCCUUCGGUCUCGAGAUCUGUUAGAAGUUUCUCGAUCGGUGACGUUGGAGGAUUCGCCGGCGGCGAUGGCACCACAGAUGGACCCGGCGGGGGUGCAGGCCGGCGAACCGCCGGCGCCGCCGUUGCCGGAGGGUGGCCAGCGAUCGCUUCCCACGCCGUUCCUCACCAAGACCUACCAGCUCGUCGACGACCCCUCUGUCGACGACGUCAUCUCCUGGAACGACGACGGAUCCGCCUUCAUCGUCUGGCGUCCCGCCGACUUCGCCCGCGACCUCCUCCCUAAAUACUUCAAGCACAACAACUUCUCUAGCUUCGUCCGUCAGCUCAACACCUACGGAUUUCGUAAGAUCGUGCCGGAUCGGUGGGAGUUCGCCAACGACUGCUUCCGGCGGGGUGAGAAGCAGCUUCUUCGUGACAUCCACCGCCGGAAGAUCACCCCCCAGGUGGGGCCGGCGCCUGUGCCGGGCGCAACGCCUAUCCCCGUGGCCGAGCCGGCGAACCGGGUCGGUUCGCCGGCGAACUCUGGGGAAGAGCAGGUAUUAUCAUCCAACUCCUCCCCCGGGGCGCCGCCGCCGUCCGGCAGCGCGGCAGAGCUGAGGGACGAGAACGAGAGAUUAAGGAAGGAGAACUCGCGGCUCUCCCGCGAGUUCUCGCAGAUGAAGAACCUCUGCAAUAAUAUUCUCCUCCUCAUAUCGAAGUAUACCUCCAGCCAGCAGCAGGGCGGCGGGGAAGGAGGAGGGGGAGAGGUGGCGGCGACGACGGCGGUGGUAGAGGUGGCGCCGCCGGUGCUGGAGCUGAUGCCGGCGGCGGAGGAAGCAGAGGAGGGGCGGUUGAAGGCGGAGGAGGUGACGAUCUCGCCGUCUUCGGCGGGGCCAUGCGCGAGGCUGUUCGGGGUGUCGAUCGGGGUGAAGCGGGUCCGGGGGGAGGACGACGGCGAGAAUCCGCCGCCGAGGGGGGCGGCGCCCGAGGUGAAACCGGAGCUGUUGGAUCCGGGAUCGGAUCUGAAUCGCCAAUUGUGGAUCCUCCGCUGCCCCCGGCCGGGUCAGCGGUCACGCGAUGGAUCGGAACGUGUGGCCGGAUGACGAGAGAGCUCACAUGCGCUGGCGGAACUAUCACGUGAGCAACUACUAGUAGUAGUAGAUCGGAAAGUUGGAAAUUAGAAAGUAUUAUAAUAACAUUUCUUUCUCUCUUUUUUCAUGUACAUUAAUUUAUUUAAUUUUUCUUGGUGGAACUGCACUUUCGCGAAGAAGUGGAAAAAAACGCGGUAAGUGGUUUCCUUCUAGAGUUCGGUACUAACUUGGUGUAAAUGUGACGAAAAGUCUGUGGCUUUUGUCCUCUUUUGUUCUUUUUAACUCUACUCAAUUUUUUUA